AUGAUAUCUCUACCCGACACAGACAGCGAGGAUGAGCUUCCACCCGGCUGGGAGGAGAGGGCGACCGACGACGGCGCUGUUUGCUAUGUGAACCAACAGAGUAAGACAUCGCAGUGGACGCACCCGCGCACAGGUCGCUCCAAACGCAUAACCGGGGAGCUGCCCUUGGGCUGGGAGAAGUAUUACGACGAGCAGAGCAAGCGGUUCAUGUUCCUCAACAAGGAGACGCAACAGCGGACGAAUGUCGAUCCCCGCUUGGCCUUUGCCGCGGAGGAGCCAACGCAGAAUGUGGCCCAGGUGCGGCAGCGCUUUGAUUCCUGCUCCACCGCCCUGCAGGUGUUACACGGCAAGGAUCUGCACGGCCGAACGGCUCUCAUCACGGGCGCCAACUGUGGCAUUGGCUUUGAAACGGCUCGAUCAUUGGCUCAGCACGGCUGUGAGAUCAUCUUUGCCUGCCGGAACAGAAGCUCUGCAGAGGCCGCCAUAGAACGCAUUGCCCAGGAGCGACCGGCAGCCCGUGCCCGCUGUCGUUGUGCUGCCCUAGAUUUGAGCUCCUUGCGUUCCGUUCAGCAAUUCGUUAGGGAAAUCAAGCAGAGCGUAAACCACAUUGAUUAUCUAAUACUGAAUGCCGGAGUAUUUGCACUGCCCUACACCAAGACCGUUGAUGGUCUAGAAACCACAUUCCAGGUCUCGCACCUGUCCCAUUUCUACCUUACAUUGCAACUGGAGACGCUGUUUGAUUAUAAAACACGAAUUGUGGUUCUGUCAUCUGAAUCGCACAGAUUUGCCAAUCUCCCCGUGGACAAUCUGGCGGUGCAUCAUCUGUCGCCGCCACCGGAGAAGUACUGGAGCAUGAUGGCCUACAAUAAUGCCAAGCUGUGCAAUGUCCUGUUCGCCCAGGAACUGGCCCAGCGCUGGAAACAGCGAGGUAUCUCUGUGUUCAGCGUGCAUCCCGGCAAUAUGGUAUCCACCGAUCUCUCGCGAAACUAUUGGUUCUACCGGCUGCUGUUCGCCUUAGUGCGUCCCUUUACCAAGUCCCUGCAACAAGCGGCCGCCACCAGCAUUUACUGCGCCACAGCCAAUGAGCUGACGGGUCUGUCCGGACUGUACUUUAACAAUUGUUUCUUCUGCGAGCCCAGCAAGCUGUCCAGGAGCGCCACACUGCAACAGCAGCUGUGGCAAGUCAGCGAGCACUUGCUCACCGAGCUUCUGGAGCAGGAGCAGCAUUAGCACAAGUCACAAGCUCAGUCGUUAUCAAGACGGCAUUCGAAGCGGUUCGAUUGUAACUACCAGACCAAUAACUACGAACGCUUCAACUCCAUACCGUCGUCCACUGAACUAGUCAGGAUCGAAAGUGAAUUAAAUAUAAAUAGUUUGCAGUGAUACUCGAGAAGCUUAAGAAGUGAUUCUGCGGGAAUAUUUGCAAGUGGCACUGCAUUUUUAUUAUCAGAGUUGCCCGAUAACCUCCAACCUAAGUCGCGGGCUUGGACUCGGAUCAGAGCCAGAUCAGGCAGCAUAAGGAAGUGGGAGUGAGAAUUCAGACGCCCAGCUGUACUCCUCAACAGAAUCGCUGAGAAACGAAGAG